CGGCAGGCGAGGGGGGAGUGCAUCAGGCAGUGGGCAGAGGGGGGGCAAGUGUCUUGUAGACCUGGAGCUUUGUCUGCUAUUUCAACAGAGCGUCUUGAUGAGUGGGUGAAUGUGCAGGGAAUUCUAACGAAGGCAAAGCGGCUGGGUGCAUUUCCAGAGCUCCUCCUGCGAUUAUUAUUUUUUGGGGGAGGGGGGGAACACACCACCUUGGGUCCUUUUAAAACGCUGGAUUACUUGAAAUUACCACUAGUGACAGUAUUUCCAAGAGAGAGCCUUAUUAUAGCCCGUCAAUGUGCUUGUCAUUGGGAGUGAAUUGAAAUCUGGAGUUUCUGGUGAUCACGGGUAAGGGGUCUAAGCGUGCAAGAAGCCCCAGUGUAGCACCAGAUUGUGGAUGCUGCCUUUGGAGUCAUGGAUUGUUAUAUAAAGCUCAGUGGCUGAGAUCGACUCCUUGCUUGGAUACUAACGCACACCGCCCCACCCCCUCUCUACUGAUCUUGCAGGCUGAAGGCACCAGUGUGCUGAUUAAAAACCCCGGGGGGUACGACAGAGAAGUUUCGGUGCCUGGAUUUUGGUUCUCUUCUUUGGUGGUUACUCGUCUGCAAAAUGUCAGCAGUUGCCUACAUGGAUUUUGUUGCUGCUCAGUGUCUGGUUUCCAUUUCCAAUCGCUCUGUGGUACAGGAACAGGGGGCUCAGGAUGCAGAGCUACUGAAAAUGCCUGAUGAAGAAGUGACCAAGGACCUGAAUGACCCCAGGGAUGCCUGGAAGGAUUAUUGCACAUUGGUCACAAUUGCUAAAAGCUUGUUGGACCUGAACAAGUACAGACCCCUCCCAACCCCUUCCAUCUGCAGUGACAGUGUAGAAAGUCCAGAUGAGGAUGUAGGAUCAGACAGCGACGUGACCACUGAAUCUGGGUCGAGUCCUUCCCACAGCCCAGUGGAAAGACAGGAUUCUGGCAGUGUGCCCAGCCCGCUCUCUCUCCUCCACAGUGGAGUGCCUGCAAAGGGGAAACUAGCCACUGAAAAGAGACACAAGUGUCCAUACAGUGGAUGUGGCAAAGUCUAUGGAAAAUCCUCCCAUCUUAAAGCCCAUUACAGAGUGCAUACAGGUGAGCGACCAUUCCCGUGCACAUGGCCCGAUUGCCUUAAAAAGUUCUCUCGGUCAGAUGAGCUGACUCGACACUACAGAACCCACACUGGUGAAAAGCAGUUCAGGUGCCCUCUCUGUGAGAAGCGGUUCAUGAGGAGCGAUCACCUGACAAAGCAUGCCCGUCGCCACACUGAGUUUCAUCCAAGCAUGAUUAAGAGAUCAAAAAAGUCAAGCUCCACCUCAUUUUGAAUGAUGGACUACACUGGGGGGAAAAAGACAUUGGUAAAGGCAUAACUGAUCAGCACAAGAAGUCUGCCACUGUACAGUUAAUAUUCUCUACUUGCAUUUUUAAAGCACAUGUAGCUGAAAUUUAAAAUAAAUAUUUUGUCCCCCGUGCUGAUAACAGUCUUAAACGAGUGACUGCUGAGUGAGGUUGGGGGCAAAGAUGGGGAUCAGAGUAGAUGAUUCAUUUCUUUUGUAACUUAAAGAAUCAACACUGGUGUAUAUAUGUCUGACUGGGUGGUCUGACCUGUGACUCCACAAUAGUGAUUCCAAGGUCUUUGUGAUUGCUGUGUCAUAAACAUGUUUUGUUGAACAAUGUAAUGCUGCUUGUAUUUAAAAUUUGUUUAGUAAAACCACUUUCCAAAUCACUUAAUAAUUCUCAAGUAAAAUUCCAUAGCACACAUUUUAGAAGUGGGUUCACUUCUAUCUCAGAAUGAUCCAUCAUUUAAAGACUGUUAAUACAUUACAUGUGUUACUAAUAAUACCUGAUUGAUAUACAAAAGUACGUUGAAUUUAUACUAAAGAAAACUGGGUCUAAUUUUUCUUUGUAUGAACUAUACUUUUGAAUGUUUUUCCCAAUAAAUUUGUGUACAACUUAAGCUGAUACUUUAAG